CACGAUUUGGUAUUUUUUAAAUGCAUACAGAUAUUUUUAUGUAUUCUCACACGAAGGUUCAAUGUCUCCUUUCAUUGCAGAAUUGAGUUCACACACCAGUACUCCAAGAGGGAAAGGGAGGUGAUGGACCAAAGCCACCACCACUGAUUGGAAGGUUUGGUACCUCACUGAAAAUAGGAAUUGUCGGCCUCCCCAAUGUAGGGUGACCCAAGAAAAGCCUUAAAGUAGAGAAACAAUCCUGCUUUAUGAAGUCAACCUUUUUCAACGUGCUGACAAAGAGUCAAGCUGCAGCUGAAAAUUUCCCCUUCUGCACCAUUGACCCAAAUGAAAGCAGAGUGCCCAUUCCCGAUGAACGCUAUGAUUUCCUCUGCCAAUUCCACAAACCUCCCAGCAAGAUCCCAGCAUUCCUCAAUGUUGUUGACAUUGCUGGCCUAGUGAAAGGUGCUCAUUCUGGCCAAGGCCUGGGGAAUGCCUUCCUGUCCCACAUCAGCGCAUGUGAUGGCAUCUUCCAUAUGACACGUGCAUUUGAGGAUGAGGAUAUCAUCCACGUGGAGGGGACAGUGGACCCAGUGAGGGACAUAGAGAUCAUCCACGAGGAGCUGAGGAUGAAGGAUGAAGAGAUGAUCAAACCUAUUAUUGACAAGCUGGAGAAGACGGCUAUUAGAGGUGGUGACAAGAAACUCAAACCUGAAUAUGACGUAAUGUGCAAAAUCAAGAGCUGGGUAGUGGAUGAAAAGAAACAUGUCCGCUACUAUCACGAUUGGAACGACAAGGAGAUCGAAGUGUUGAACAAAUACUUGUUUCUGACAUCCAAACCGAUGAUUUACCUCGUUAACCUCUCCGAGAAAGACUACAUCAGGAAAAAGAACAAAUGGUUGGUGAAAAUCAAGGAGUGGGUGGACAGUCAUGACCCCGGGGCCUUGGUCAUCCCCUUCAGCGGAGGCCUGGAGAGCCAGCUACAGGACAUGAGCGAAGAGGAGAGGCAGAAGUACUGCACAGAGCACAAGACGCAGAGUGUCCUGACCAAGAUCAUCAAGGCGGGCUACUCAGCCCUGCAACUUGAGUACUUCUUCACUGCUGGACCAGAUGAGGUCCGUGCAUGGACCAUUCGGAAAGGAACUAAGGCUCCACAGGCUGCGGGGAAGAUCCACACGGACUUUGAGAAGGGCUUCAUUAUGGCGGAAGUAAUGAAAUUCCAGGAUUUUAAAGAGGAAGGCAGUGAGAGCGCUGUCAAGGCUGCAGGGAAAUACAGACAGCAGGGGAGAAACUACAUUGUUGAGGACGGAGACAUCAUCUUUUUCAAAUUUAACACACCAAACGCACCAAAGAAAAAGUGACUGAGGAAUAAUGGCUGUACUCUACUGUUAACUGUUAAGGAACUGAUCUUUUUUUUUUUUUUUUUCUAUUUAUUCAAAUUGCCGCCUACCAUGCCACUAAAGCCUCUGAUGUCCACUGCCACAUUCUCACUGUUUGCUUUCUGUCCUGUGGUAUUGAAUCUCGCCUUUUCACCAAAGCACAGGUUCACUAAACCCUGACAGCUUUGCUAUUUAAGAUCAGGAUCGUCCCCCCACUCCAAAUUGUAGCAGCAUUUGAAGAAGCGUAUUACUCUCCAGAUACUUCAUUAAUCUCCAUCACUGGUGCCAGCACUGACACAGCUGACAGCAGGGACAAUGCCACCUGCUCCUCUCCCCCUUCUGCAGAUAAUGCAUGUUUUACAGUAGCCCAGAU